AUGACAGAUGAACAGCUAGAGUCAAAGACUUCAAAGGGAAAACAAAAUCGUAACCGUAAUAUUGACAAUGACAAUGAAAAUGACAACGAUAAUGAGGACGAUAAAUUUCAAACAGAACAAGUUUAUGACGUUGAAGAUGAAAUUCAAGAUUGGAAAUUUUUGAAUAAAUCAACUAUACCGAAAAGAGGUACUAAAGAAUUUGAACCUGAUGGGACCAAUUAUCAAAUUUCAGCAUUAGAACAAUCACAACAAACCAUGUUUCAAGCAAUUAAUAAUGUUAGAGGACAUCAUACUACGAAAAAAUUAAUUGGAAUUUGGAUGAUUGAUGAGCAUGAUCAAUAUUGUUUUAUUCCACAAAUUCGUGGUAAUUAUUUUAAAGAUUUGGGGAAAGCAAUCAAUAUUGGGAAAUUUCAAGGUAUGAAAUUGAAUAGUUUAGAAACAAUUUAUUUAGCAGAAAGAGGAUCAUUGAUUGUAUAUUUGGGAAACCAGGAAUAUUCCGAUUGGUUGUAUAAUAGUGCUGAGGUGGAAGAAAAUGAAGAUGGGGACAAAAAUGUACUGUUCGAUGUGGAGUCAAAUCUAAUUGCAUUGGAUUUGGAAUAUUUGUAUAGUUUGUUAACUAUCCCACUAGCGAAUUAUCAAGUUUAUGCUUAUUUAAAAAGAUUAGGAUAUAUCAUACAGGAAUAUAAAGUGCAAGAUGAUGUGAUGGACAAAACGUUAUUAUCAUCAUCACCGACAAAGGACCCAAAGAAACUAGAACUGUUGGUUCAAUUCACAUUAUGGCCUCGUGAAUGGGGGAUCAUGGCAUAUCCUCUUUUCCAUUCAUUACAUUUUAAAACGAAACAUUAUUUCAAAUAUACUGAUGUAUUUAAGAAUUUAAAAUUGAAUUUUAAACCAAUUGAAUCUGACCCCAAUGAAUCGAAUAUAAAUAUAACAUUCAAUGUAUGGAAACCAUCACCAUCAUUUUCUAAAAAGACUCCACCACCACCAGAUUUUCAAUUAUGUGUUGUUGAUUCAUCCAAAAAUACCGAUUUCUUAAAACUUCCACAAAUACAAAGAUUAUUCUUCCAAUUGUCACCACCACCAUCACAACAACAACAACAACAACAACAAAAGCAAAAUCUUUUUAAGAAGACAAAACCUAGUACCAAAAUGGAAUCAAAACGAGAUAUUCGUGCAAGAAGAUAUGCUGAACGUCAAGCUAAAUUAGAUAAACAAUUACAAUUGAAAAAUGAAUAUUAUCGAUUACGUGAUGAUUGUUUUAAAAAUGGGGGUCAAUCAGUUAUUAUAGCUAUUGUUAAUAAUGGGAUUAUGAAUUUUAUAUCAUUAUCAUCAGGUCAAUUUGACUCAUUACAAAAUGUGAAAACUCGAUUAAAUGAAAUAUAUCCUAAAAAAAUUCAUUCAAUUAUAUACAAUGAAUGA